CAAUGUCACUCUUCGUUAACUUGCAGACGCGUGAGGGGUUAACGGAAUCAACCAAAGUCGGAACAGAAGAUGAGUGGCAAUUAUGAGCCGCUGCUCCAAUUGGGGUGUCGAAGAGUUGUCUACUAUAAAGAACAGCAUGGAUCCAAGUCGAGGCAUCCUCCGACCCUUGUUCGACUUGGUUGCUCUGUAAUCUGCCUAGUUUGAAAGAUCGUAGAAGCUUUCACGACGACAACUCUUAGAAUCUACGAAUCCCUUACAUUCACUCAUUCCUUGCUGUAGUUAUGGCUCCCGGGAUCCUUCAGUCCGAAUCUCCAACCUUGGUCCCAGCGACCCUGCCUCAGGAGAAGCUGAAGCCAAGCAAGAAUGCACCCGCCAACUCUACAGAAGAUAUCUACGGCAACUAUUCUCCUGCCAAUCCAGAGACCCUCAGUCUUGAGUCCAACUUUGGCCCUAUGGACCCCACGACUAUCGGCUAUCUUCAACCGACCACUGCCGAUACCCCAAUUGAAAUAAUGCGAGAACGCUUCGAACGUGAUGGGUACCUUUUUAUCAAGAACCUUCUUCCCCACGAACCUGUCCUCGAAUGCCGCCGAGCCUACUUCAACCACAUGAGCCCAAGCGGCCUCCUUGAGCCAGGCAGCGAGCCAGUCAACGGCACAUUCUCAGGAAAGGACACUCGCAAAUACCUCCCCCCGGAAAUCUCCGUCGUCUAUGACGCCGAGAGCGACAAGUACGCCGAGCUCAUGGUCACUGCGCAUGAAGCCGACUUUUACGUCAACUUCUGCAAGUUCCCAGAGCUCCGCGAGUUCGUCAGUCACUUCACCGGCUGGCCAUCCCCGCACAUGCUCCAACGGACGAUGCUUCGCGCAUUCGUCCCCAACAGUGAGCUUACGCCCGUACAUUUUGAUCAAAUGUAUCUCCGAGCGGGGCCGCCAACGAGCUUGACCGCUUGGGUUCCUAUCGGUCCCGUGUCCCUCGAAGGAGGCGGCUUGAUGUACCUCCAAGGGUCGACAGACAUUGGUAUGAAGACUGAAGAUGACUUUGCUGCGCAUUCCCACAACCUUACCGACGAGGAGAGAGUGAGCGCCUUCAAUAAGAACAUGAAUGACGGCGGUUUCCUCAGUAGGGACACGGUGUCUUAUGGGAAGGAGACGAAGAGGAAAUGGCUAAUUGCCGAGUAUGAGACUGGAGAUGUCAUCUUUCACAACCCUUACAUGGUGCAUGCAAGCUGCAAGAAUAAGGACCCUGACUCGAGGAUCCGUCUGGCCACAGAUCUGCGAUUCGUUGAUCCCGAGAAACCUUAUGACAGGCGCUGGAUGAAGGUAUAUAAGCCACUUGAUGGAUUGUAAACAUUGAAUUUGGAGGAGAGUCCUGUGUCAAGCUCACAUCAUGUAAAUUACUUUCGGGUACCGCUUUCAAAC